GAACAGGGAAAACUAAAACGUUGGUGGCUGCGAUUCUUGAAAUUAUGGAAACAACCACCAGCCACGUAUUGGUAUGUGCCAACUCCAAUGCGGCAUCCGAUGAAAUAACUCAUCGCCUACUAAAUGAGCUGAGCCCUAGUCUACUGUUUCGAAUGUAUGCAAAAUCAUACAAAAUAGACCAGGUGACCGAUGCCAUUCGCCCAGUAUGUAAUUUAGUAGGUGAUGGGUUUCAGUUCCCGCCGUUGGAGCAAAUUUACAAAUACCGCAUUGUAAUUUGUACAUUGCUCACAUCGGGAUGCUUGACACGUUCGCGUGGAACUACUGGUUUCUUCUCUGGUCAUUUUGACUAUGUUUUUAUUGACGAGGCAGCGAGUUCCACCGAAACCACCACGCUGAUACCUAUUGCAGGUCUAUGCACUGAAAAUAAAUCGGUCGGCGCUAAAAUAAUAUUAUCAGGCGACAUUAAGAAACUGGAUGCAGUUGUUCAGUCAAAACACGCUUCCAGAUACGGACUGAAAACAUCUUAUAUGGAGCGGCUGUCGAAGCUACCAGCCUACAAAAGCAACAGUUUUGGGAAAUAUAAUCCGAGCUUUAUUGUUCAGCUUACAAAGAACUAUCGAAGCCAUCACACUAUUCUCCACAUUCCAAACAAAUUAUUCUAUGAAGGCGCUUUGGAGAGUAAAGCGUGUCCAGAAUCGACAGAACUAAUGCUUGGAUCCGAUUUUCUACCUAACCAGCAGUUCCCAAUCAUCUUUCACACUGUUGCUGGGACGUGUGAACAGUUCAAAGAUGUUAGUUACUGCAACCGUGAUGAAGUGUCGAUUGUUAUGAACUAUAUUGUUGAAAAACUCAUUCCGCUGGGCAUAACAGACAAAGAUAUCGGCGUAAUAUCGCCGUACAAAAAACAAUGCCAAAUAAUUCGUGCUUUGUUAAAAUUGAAAAACCAUGACGGUAUAUCGGUUGGAACAGCCGAAAUCUACCAGGGCCAAGAGAAACCCAUCAUUAUUGUGUCCACAGUACGCUCUGAUACGGAGAAUGAGCUGAAAUCUCAAAAGAAGAAAAAGAAGGAUAAACUAGGAUUCUUGAGAGACGAACGUCGUUUAAACGUGAUUCUAACCCGUGCCAUUUCUCUAUUAAUCAUUGUUGGGAAUCAUGAAACACUGCAGGAAGACGAAAAUUGGAAGGCGUUUAUUGACUACGUGCAUAGCAAUGAAGGCCUUAUAAAUAGCAGCGGCAAAGCUCUACACCCACGCAUAGAAUUUCCCAACUGA